AUGGCAAAUGCUUCUUUCGAAAAUCAUGAGGACAUAACAACGUUUAUGGAAUUCAAAGCGGGAGAACUGAUAUGGAAAAUUGUUCCACCUAUUCUAAUAAUAUUAGGCACUGUUGGAAACUGUCUAUCAAUCCUUGUUUUAACACGCAGAUGUAUCCGAUCUUCAACAACGGCUUUGUUUCUUACAGUUCUUGCAUUCUCGGAUUUAUUUGUGUUAUAUACUGGACUUUUACGACAGUGGUUGAUACAUCUGUUUGAAGUUGAUGUAAGAACAAUCAGCGAGUUCGGAUGUAAAUUAAAUAUCUGGAUGGUGUACAGUUCUCUGGAUUUUUCAGCUUGGAUUUUGAUUGUUGUGACACUGGAAAGAGUUAUAUCAGCAUGGUUACCGCACAAAGCAAAAUCUUUGUGUACAAAAAAGUAUGCAGUAGCUUUGCUGAUAGCUGUUAUAGUGUUUAUUCUUCUCCUCAAUUCUCAUAUGCUUUAUGGAAUGGUGUUCCGAGACACUACCACAGAACUAGAUGACUUAAAAUGUAUUGAAAUCAACGCAGAUUAUCGUAGUUUUUUCAAUGUUAUAUGGCCGUGGAUCGAUUUAUGUGUAUUUUGUCUUAUUCCGUUCACAGUUAUUGUUAUAGGAAAUGCUUUGAUUUUAUUCAAGGUAUUAAAAAGCCAAAGGAAAGUUAAAUCACGUGUUGUGCCUUCAGCUCAGAAUGGAAACAGACAAGCGACUACCUCUGGACAUAACAAUAAACAGUCAUCGAUGACUGCCAUGCUUUUUACUUUGAACGUUGUCUUUCUGUUGAGCACAUCCCCUGUCAGUAUCUACAAUAUCGGAUAUCCCUACUGGUCAGAAAAUGCUAGCUUGCAUAAACAUGCACAACUAGAUUUUUGGUGGGCAAUCGUCAAUAUGCUAAUGUAUGUGAACAAUUCCCUCAAUUUUUUUCUGUAUUGUCUCAGUGGAACAAAAUUUAGACAGGAAGUCAUCGUAAUAUUUUGUUCAUGGAGAAAAGGAAACGAAGCAACUAUCAUGAAUCUUGCGACACACUCUAAUUAUUCACGCACAAGAUUUGACACUCCGUCUGCAACACCAUCACCAAGACAAUCUGCCAUUUUUACUGUAAAUAAUUUGUCUAACUCAAAUGAUCAGGUAAAAACAAAUGUUGAAAAGCUUAAUUCAGAAAACCAGACAGGUGUAACAAGACUUUCCAAUAAUAGUCUGCAUCCAAAUGACGCAUUGAAAAUAGCCAGUGAUAUGACGCAUCAAAUUGAAAAUGGUGUGAAAAAUGAAGACUCAUCUUUUACAUAA